UGUUCCUUAUGGUGUAGUUCUUCUCUAUUCGCUCUCUCUCUCCCUCCCUCCCUCGCUCUAAUCUCUCUAUCCGUCUCUCUCUCUCUCUCUCUCUCUCUCUAUCUGUGUGUGGGGGUCGGAGCCAUUAUGCGCGGGAUGGAGAUUAACAAUAACAGCAGCAGCAGUAGUAAUAAUACAGUAGCGCCGUUUGUGAUGAAAACGUACCAAAUGGUGAACGAUCCGGCGACGAAUCGGCUCAUCGCGUGGGGGCGGGCUAACAAUAGUUUCAUCGUUUUGGAGCCGUUGGAUUUCUCGCAGAGGAUUUUGCCGGCGUACUUUAAGCAUCACAAUUUCUCCAGCUUCGUGCGCCAGCUCAAUACUUAUGGUUUCAGAAAGGUGGAUCCCGACAGGUGGGAGUUCGCCAACGAGUGGUUCCUACGCGGCCGAACGCAUCUACUUUGCAACAUCGCGAGGCGGAAACACACCAGCAGAAGCGGCUGCAGUCACAUCAAGCAGGAAGACGACGAAGACGAAGACCUAAUCACAGAGAUCGCCAUGCUGAAGCAGGAGCAGAAGAGCCUCGAGCAGGAGCUUCAGAGCAUGAACCGUAGGCUGGAGGCAACAGAGAGAAGACCCCAACAAAUGAUGACUUUCCUCUGCAAAGUCGUGCAAGACCCGGAGAUCCUGCCGCAGAUCAUGCUCGAGAAGGAGAAGAUGCGCCGCCUGACAUCCGACAAGAAGAGGAAGCUCAUGAUUACGACGUCCUCGUCCAACUCAUUGUCCGGGAUGGCACUCUCCGGCUCCUCCAUCAAGAGUGAGGAUGAUCAAGAUCAGCCAAGCACAAUGGCGGAAUCCACCCCCAUCUCGUCGCCGGAUGGAAACUUCGACCAAGACUUUUAUUGCCGGUCGCUGGAUAUGUUGUCGCCGGAGUGGUUGAGCCAUGGCCGGGUUAAUGUAGGCGUCACGCCUAUGAUCAUGCCAGACCACCCUAAUUACGCUAGUUUGUCUAGUCCAUGGGGUGUUGACCCCAGCCGUGGAAGUGGAGGCUUGCUACCGUCGAGUAGUGGCGCUGCGAAUGAGGCGGCUGACGGUUUUGGUUAUUUGGAAAGGUUGGGGGCGGAGGAGAGUGGUAAUCCUCCACCAUCCUACCCUUUCUCUCUGUUGGGAGGAGGGUUUUAGGAAUUGUUUGUUUUUGAUAAAUUAGUUUAGUGUGGCAUUUACUUAUUUGUUUUAUCCCUAUGGUGGCAGGAUUUAAAGGUAUGGAGAAGAAUAAUAAGAUGAUGGGAUUUAGGAGUGCUGUUUGUAAAUGUAUUUUGUAAAUGUGUUGGACAGUAGUAGAUAAGAUUACAGGCUUAUAGAAAGUAUAUUAUCUUCUA